AUGUGUGCUCCUGCUACUGCCAUGCCCCCUGCUGCCCUAGAAGGAGAAGGGGACCCUCCUGCUGCCCCCCCAAGCCUCACUAGCAACAGGAGGCUGCAGGAAACCCAGGCCCAGGUGGAUGAGGAGGUGGAUAUCAUGCGGGUGAAUGGGGACAAGGUCCUAGAGUGGGACCAGAAGUUAUCAGAACUAGAUGACCGUGUAGACGUCCUCCAGGCUGGGGCUUCCCAGUUUGAGACAAGUGCUGCUAAGCUCAAGCAUAAAUACUGGUGGAAAAACCUCAAAAUGAUGAUCAUCCUUGGAGUGAUAUACGCCAUCAUCCUCAUCCUCAUCCUUGUUUACUUCAGCACCUAAACCCACAGCAGGAGCU